AUGCAUAAUCCUGUUGAAUAUUAUUAUUCCAACGAUUACUAUUUGUCAUAAAUAACAAAUGGUAACAUAAAUCGCCUUAAUACUUCCUACUCUCCUAAAAAAAUUUUGAUGAGCAUAUGUAAGAAUGAUUGUCAAACACUUAUUAAACAAAAAACCUUUAAUUUAGAAUCAAAAGAAAUACAUCCUCAUAUUGUUAGACAUAAAUGUAUUAAAUAAUCUUUUACUAAAUUGGCAGAAUCUAUUCUUAGUGUAAGUAAUUGUUUUGAUAGUAUUACAAGUACAUCCACAAAAACUGAUAAGUUUGUUUAAAAAUUAAAACAUAAAAUAAUUACUCCAUCUACUACUCCACCUAAACCUCAUAAUCAUGAAAUACGUAGAAUUCCAGGUAGACUUCACAAAGGAGUUUUAUUAAGAAAUCUUGAUAAUUCAAUUAAUUAUAUUGAUAGAUCAUAUAUUUUAGAUCCAAAAUAAGAAUUUGGAACCUUUUCAAUGAGUCCAAAACCUAAAAUUAUAGAUCGUAAUUCAGAUUUAUUUAGAUAAAAAAAUAAAUAAAUAUCUAAUGCUGCUAAUAUUUCAAGCCAAAAUAAAGAUCUAUAGAAACAACUUAUAAUUAGAAAGUCUCUCUUAAAUAAUGAAAUUACUAACAAUUCUCUUAAACAAACUACUUCCAAUUUAAUUGAUUAAACUAUUGAAGCAAUGAAAGUUGAUUGUUUUUACACAAAAAUUAGUCUUAAUAAUACUAAUCAUUUAGUUUUGAUAUAAUUUGAGAAUGUUUUGGGAUAUGAUGAAUAAAGUUAUUUUGGAUUACAAUCUGAUUUCAUUAAUAGCAAAUAAUAUAAUGAAUAUAUAGUUUUAAGAGAUCAUUAUUUUUAGAAGGUUUCAUCUUCUCAAUCCUUCUAUAUACUUAAGAAUUUCAAAGAAUUAUUUAAUUCUAUUUCUCGUGUUUAUUAAGUAGGUUUAUUUACAGUAUAAUACCCUUAAUUACUAAAAGAAUUUCUAUAAGAAAGAAAAUUAAGAGUUAAUUGUGGAUUUUAAAUAACAAAUUAUAAAAUUGAUACUUUUGUAUUUGAUAUUACUUAAGUAUUGACUAAUCUUUAAAUACUUACAGCAGAUUUAUUAAUAAUAAUAUAACCAUUUUAAAUAUUAAGUAAAUAAUAAUCUCAUAAUAAUACUAAUUCAAAAAUUCCUUAUUAUGAAUACUAUGGUUAAAGGUUCUUUCUACCAUUCUCAGAGAAAAUUCAUCCUAAUAAUUGUAGAUUAUUAGCCUUACCUUAAUUAUCAAUGGAAUCUCUAUUAAAAUAAGAUGAAUAAAGUAAAGGAUUUGUACAAAUUAAUUAUUUUAUUGAAUAAUUUACAUUGGCAUUAUAGAGUGAAAGUUACUUUGUAAAAUUUCUUAAUAAAAGUUAAAAUAGAAUUAAAACUCUUGAUUAAUCAACAUAUUUUAGAUCAUAAAAAUAAAACUUAUUAAGAUAGUUAUUUUUUAUUGAUACUUUAAAGAUUUCUGAAUAAAAGUAAGAUUUAAUUAAGAUGAAAAAGAAAGAAAUAAUUUAAAGAAUUAUAUAGAAAUUUGAUCAUUCAAAAUAAGCUGAAUAAUAUAUAAAUGAUUUAAUGUUAAGGAAUAAAGAGAUUUUUAAGAAAAUGAGAAAUUAUAAAUAAGAAAAUGUGAAUAAAUUGCAUAAAUUAUAAUAAGAACUUUCUCAAUAGCUAAUUAGAUAUAAUUAUUGCGAAAUGUUUGUUGAUACAACAUACUACUUAGCGUAUUGA